CCCCUUCUCCUUCCACUUUUCUCUAUCACCACUCUCUUUGGAGUUCAAGACGAAAGCCAAGAAAAAGACAGCCACAGCCAGACGAAGUGGUCCCCGGACUGCUGCCCUAUGGUCUCAGCAACAAAGGAAAAAUUGGUCAAAAGUCUUUCGUUGAAGACAAGGUGGUGGCUCGGCGGGCGGGUUAGAAGCCAGGACUGCAAGAGCCGCCGAGAGAAGUGAGCCCCAGGGCCAACAGGCUGUGGGUAGUGGGGAGCCGGCUCCAGCCUGUCUGUGAAUCCCAUUCCAACAUCACUCCUUACCCACCGGGGAGGCCGCCUCCCGUGUCCGGUCCCUGCCGGGAGGUGGAGGCCAGAACCCCGGUGACAGGCUCGGCGACCCAGACUCGGGCGACCGGCAGGUUCUGGCGGAAAGUUGGCAGCCGCCGCCCCUCUCCAGUCUCCCUCCUCGACACUCCACCCCCCUCCGGGCGCUACGGCGGAGGUGGGGGUUGGGGGAACUGGCCUGGUGUUCUGGAACAGCUGCAGCCGGCGCUGGGCCCGCCUGGAAUGCGGGAACAGGCUGCGCACCAGGACUUUUAUGGAAACUUGCUGCUGGAGGCGGCGGCGGCGGCCAGAGGGCUCCCAGCGGCCGGAGCGGCGGCGGCAGCGGCCGGAGCGCCCAGACCCCUGCCCGCACCCAGGCGCAGGACGCGCACAGCCUCUCCGCGCGCGAGGAGGACACUCGCUGCUCGUCGGCUCCGGGCGGGAAGGAGAUGAUUCACUACUUGUAACAGUGGUACCUGUCAGAUCACACAAAACUUCUGGAAAGAUAAGAAAGAAUUUCGAGGAUCUAGAAAAAGAACGAGAAGAAAAAGAAAGGGUCAAGUAUGAAGAAGAUAAAAGAAUAAGAUAUGAAGAACAACGGCGAUCUCUCAAGGAAGCAAAGUGUCUUUCCUUGGUCAUGGAUGAUGAACUAGAAAGUGAGGCAAGAAAAGACUCCAUUUCUCCUGGAAAAUUGAAACUAACUUUUGAAGAAUUGGAAAGACAAAGACAAGAAAACCGAAGGAAGCAAGCUGAAGAGGAAGCACGACAACGUUUAGAAGAAGAGAAGCGUGCUUUUGAAGAAGCAAGGCGGCAAAUGGUAAAUGAAGAGGAGGAAAACCAAGACACAGAAAAAAUUUUAAAAGGGUACCGCCCUGGUAAACUCAAACUCAGCUUUGAAGAAAUAGAAAGACAAAGGAGAGAAGAUGAAAAAAAGAAAGCAGAAGAAGAAGCCAGAAGGAGAAUAGAGGAAGAAAAGAAGGCAUUUGCUGAAGCAAGGAGAAGCAUGGUAGUAGAUGAUGACUUCCCAGAGAUGUAUAAAACAAUUUCUCAAGAAUCUCUUACACCGGGAAAACUGGAAAUUAAUUUUGAAGAAUUAUUAAAACAAAAAAUGGAAGAAGAAAAACGACGAACGGAGGAAGAAAGGAAGCAUAAGCUAGAGAUGGAAAAACAGGAAUUUGAACAACUGAGACAAGAAAUGGGAGAGGAAGAGGAAGAACAUGAAACCUUUGAACUGAGUAGGGAAUAUGAAGAAUUAAUAAAAUUGAAAAGAAGUGGCUCUAUUCAAGCUAAAAAUUUAAAAAGCAAGUUUGAAAAAAUUGGACAACUGUCUGAAAAAGAAAUCCAGAAAAAGAUAGAAGAAGAACGAGCAAAAAGGAGAGCAAUUGACCUUGAAAUUAAAGAGCGAGAAGCAGAAAACUUUCAUGAGGAGGAAGAUGUUGAUGUCAAGCCUGCAAAAAAAAGUGAGGCUCCAUUUACUCAUAAAGUGAAUAUGAAAGCUAGAUUUGAACAAAUGGCUAAGGCAAGAGAAGAAGAGGAACAAAGAAGAAUUGAAGAACAAAAGUUACUACGCAUGCAGUUUGAACAAAAGGAAAUUGAUGCAGCACUACAAAAGAAAAGAGAAGAGGAGGAGGAAGAAGAAGGUGGUAGCAUCAUGAAUGGUUCCACUAUUGAAGAUGAGGAGCAAACGAGAUCAGGAGCUCCAUGGUUCAAGAGGCCUCUAAAAAACACAUCAGUUGUAGACAGUGAGCCAGUUAGAUUUACUGUUAAAGUAACAGGAGAACCCAAACCAGAAAUUACAUGGUGGUUUGAAGGAGAAAUACUGCAAGAUGGAGAAGACUAUCAAUAUAUUGAAAGAGGAGAAACUUACUGCCUUUAUUUACCAGAAACUUUCCCAGAAGAUGAAGGAGAAUAUAUGUGUAAAGCGGUCAACAACAAAGGCUCUGCAGCUAGUACCUGUAUUCUUACAAUUGAAACUGACGACUACUAGCUCCCCUUCCCUCUCCCUGGAACUUUCUCUGCUCCCUCCCACCCCCCCCAAAUUUCUUACUACAUCCAUGUUUUCUGUGGCGGGGCCAAAAAUGGAAACCAGAAGUGCCACUAUAUUGACUUUUUAUUCCUUUUCCUAACAGUCUUCAAAACACAAGCUCAUCUAAAGAAUACCUUCUUCCUAUCCAAAUCAUCACCAGAUUCGUCACCAUAUUGUGAAGUUAAUGUGUAUUUAAUGGGGUAGAGUGGAAAAGUUACUCAAUUACUCUAAGCUUAUAGCAAUUACGUUUUAAAGAUCACAAAUAAAACAUUAUUUUGCAUGAAAAAAUGAUGUUUAUGAGCUAUUUAUAUACCUAAAAUUAAUGGAGACUUCAUAAUUUGGAAACUACUGAGUUUUCCUUAAUAGUCAUUUUUCUUGUUGUAGUUUUAAAGUCUUUCUGAAGCACAGA